AUGGCACAAGCAAAACCAAGGAACAGGGCCUGUUUGUCUUGUGGGAUUAUACGCAGCGUGGAGAAGUUUAAGACGGAAGGAUGUCCGAAUUGCGCAUUUCUGCAGCUUGGAAGAGGCAGAAACUGCGACUACUGUACGUCUAGCAGUUUUAGGGGGCAAAUAUACUAUACUGACGUGGCAAGAAGCUGGGUUGCAAAGUGGCAGAGGAAUGGUGGCUGUGUCCCUGGAUUCUACGCGAUGACCGUAGAAGGAGACUUGCCAGACGAGUUCAUUGCUCGCCUAGAGAAGAGUGGCAUUGAAUAUGUGAGUAGAAACCAGGAACACGAAAUGCAGUAA